GAUAGCACCAUGCCAAUUAGUCGAACUGUGAAUUCUAUGCGGGAAACUCCUCCCAAAAGCAAGCUUGCUGAAGGGGAGGAAGAAAAGCCAGAACCAGAUAUAAGUUCAGAGGAAUCUGUCUCUACUGUAGAAGAACAAGAGAAUGAAACUCCACCUGCUACAUCUAGUGAGACGGAGCAGCCAAAGGGAGAACCUGAGAAGGAAGAGAACAAGUCUUCAGAGGAAACCAAAAAGGAUGAAAAAGAUCAGUCUAAAGAAAAGGAGAAGAAAGUGAAAAAAACAAUACCUUCCUGGGCUACCCUUUCUGCCAGCCAGCUAGCCAGGGCCCAGAAACAAACACCGAUGGCUUCCUUCCCACGUCCCAAGAUGGAUGCAAUCCUAACUGAGGCCAUUAAGGCAUGCUUCCAGAAGAGUGGUGCAUCAGUGGUUGCUAUUUGAAAAUAUAUUAUCCAUAAGUACCCUUCUCUGGAGUUGGAGAGAAGGGGCUACCUCCUUAAACAAGCACUGAAAAGAGAAUUAAAUAGAGGUGUCAUCAAACAGGUGAAAGGAAAAGGUGCUUCUGGGAGUUUUAUUGUGGUCCAAAAAUCAAGAAAAACACCUCAGAAAUCCAGAAACAGAAAGAACAGAAACUCUGCAGUGGUUCCAGAACCACAAGUAAAGUUGGAGGAUAUUCUCCCAUUGGCCUUUACUCGCCUUUGUGAACCUAAAGAAGCUUCCUACAGUCUCAUCAGGAAAUACGUGUCUCAGUAUUACCCUAAACUUAGAGUGGACAUCAGGCCUCAGCUGUUGAAGAAUGCUCUGCAGAGAGCAGUAGAGAGAGGCCAGUUAGAACAAAUAACUGGCAAAGGUGCUUCUGGGACAUUCCAGCUGAAGAAAUCAGGGGAGAAACCCCUGCUUGGUGGAAGCCUGAUGGAAUAUGCAAUCUUGUCUGCCAUUGCUGCCAUGAAUGAGCCGAAGACCUGCUCAACCACUGCUCUGAAGAAGUAUGUCCUGGAGAACCACCCAGGGACCAAUUCUAACUAUCAAAUGCAUUUGCUGAAGAAAACACUGCAGAAAUGUGAAAAGAAUGGGUGGAUGGAACAGAUCUCUGGCAAAGGAUUCAGUGGCACCUUCCAGCUCUGUUUUCCUUAUUAUCCCAGCCCGGGAGUUCUAUUUCCAAAGAAAGAGCUAGAUGAUUCAAGAGACGAGGAUGAAGAGGAGGAUGACUCCUCAGAAGAAGACUCUGACGAUGAAGAGCCUCCACCUAAGAGGAGGUUACAGAAGAAAACCCCAGCGAAGGCAUCCAUGAAGGCUGCAUCUGUGAAACAGAGAGUGUCCAAGCCUACACCUAAAGUCCCAGCUGCCCAGCGUGGGAAAGCUAGGCCCCCGCCCAAGAAAGCCCCUCCCAAGGCUAAAACUCCAGCCAAGAAAGCCAGACCCUCACCUUCAGUCAUCAAGAAACCUAGUGGUGGCUCUUCAAAGAAGCCUGCAGCCAGUGUGAGAAAGGAAGUGAAAUUGCCCGGCAAGGGCAAAUCCAACAUGAAGAAAUCUUUCAAAGCAAAAAAGUAAAUUUUAUACGGAAAAAAAAAAGGGUAUCAUGAUAAAAUUCAGAAUCUUAUUUUCUAAGGUCAGUGUGCAUUUGUUUUAGUUUUGAUGCUUUUAAAAAUUACAUUUUUUUCCUCCCCUAUGAACAUUGUGGGGAGGGAAUAUAAAUAAACCAAUUUAGGCAUUUGUUAGCUUUAGGUGCUGUUCUUGGUGCCUGCCCCUUCCCUCAGUCCUUUUAAUUUCUGUGAUAACUCUGGAUUUUCCUGAACUGUAUAAUCUACACUUGUCAUUUUUUCUCCCUCCACCCCAACCCUCUUUUUAUGGUCAGCUUUGGCUUUUAUUUCCCCCCUUCCAGCUUUAUCUAAACAGUUGCAAAGAUUUUUAUAUUUGUAGAAAGCACCAUGAAUAGGAUGCUGGUCAGGUGCUGGAAGUAAAAAAGAGGCAGUAUAUAGCACUGACUGAAUUGUAAAGCCUUCUGCCUGGAGACUCCAGUUAUAGCUAUAAUAAUUAAUCUUAUU